CAAAACUUUCUAUCUUUUACUUGAAUAUCAAAAGGGAGCCAGAAGGAACCACCAACUUGUUGGAAGCUUUUGACAAUCUUGCCAAUAUUCUUUCCCACUUCAGGCAAUUUCUUGGGCUCAAAAACCGAAGCAGCCACUCCAGCAAUUAACAACUAGUUUAGGCACUCCUAGACCAAACAAAGCAUUGCAAGUUAGAACCUGUUUAACCCUCGGAUUUCUACUCGUGUGUUUUCCCAAGAACUAGAGAAUUACAGGAGCUGGUUUAGUCGAAGAAAACAAUUGUGUUAAAAAAAGUGGAGUUAGAAGAUGGGACGAGAAAAAGAAGAUGGGGGAGUUUUGGAAGAGAUAGAGUUAUUUUUGGAAGGAAAGAGAGAGGUGAAUAUUUUUGGAAUAUUAUCUUCAAUGAUAAUUUUAACAGUAUUUGACAGGGGUUAUACGAGAAGCAUGCAAACCCUUGAUUUCUUUCCCUUUUCUCUUUGUUGGGUCGAUGUUUGAUUUUCAAUCAACAUCUUAUCUUUCUUUCUUUUUGAUUGGCUGGCUCGAUAUGUCAUUGAUUUUGGAAAUGCUAAUAUUGGGAUCUUCUGAACCCAUCUGCUAGAAUUGAUAUGAUGGGAAUGUGGAGGUGGAAUCCAUGUUGUAUGGGAUCAAAGCUACUAGACACACAGCGCGAAGUUGUUCUGCUUGAUGAGUUCAAAUCAUUUGGAGAAACUAUUAGGCUGACAAGGUAUUUUCUUCCAUGACUUGACACAAGGUAUUCACAGAACCUUAACGUGUUGCUACUUGAAUGUUUUUGUGCUGUAAACUUGUGAUCCAUGAUGCUCCUUUUCUUGUUCUAUGUGUAUGUUAUUAACAAUCUAAGCGUCGGAUAUAAUCACUAGUUUCUUUUAUAAUCUAUACUAACGGUAAAAUCAUCGCAAGAGCUACAAAGUUGGAUUGGGAUUUUUCAUUUCUCAAAACUCCAACAUGUGCCUUCUUUUGUUACUUCGAUUAUGUGCGCUUCAAGCUUGAAAAAUAAUCAUAAAUGACUAUGACAUCUGUCUAUAAUUAAAAGCUAGUAGAGAUGCUUCAUCUUUGACUCUAUCAGUAGUAUUAGAAUUUUAGUUUUACAAAAGGGAUGAAAUGAAAUUUAAUACGACGGAUCUACGAGAUUGUGAUUGCAUUUCAAUGAAAACUAUUUGUUUGAGUUUAUGUGCUAUCAAUUUGAAAGUAUAUGAGGAAAAAAACAUCCUAUUAUCCUUGCGGUUCUAAUAGUUUAAAGGAUAAACUAUUAUCGGUGUUGAAAAUAACAUGAACUUAUAAAUGCUGGUGUCAUCUGGCACCUUCCCAUGAGGAAAUUUUUUACAGUUCUUAUGUUGGAAAAUUUUCAAAUGACCGGGGCUUGUGCAAUUCAAGUGCAAGCACUCAAUCAUUGAAAAGAAAUAUGAAAUAAAUUUAUACUAUAACAUAAAGACAGCUACUAUAUUUCUCCAUGUUUUAUUUUACUCGAAAUAACAGAGCAAUUCAAUGGCAUUAAUUAAGGCCAGAACUAUUAUCCGACUCUUCACAGUUUCACUUUCUUACAAAUUUUUAAACUCGUUGUAGUAAUCUUCUUCAUUUAGGGAUUUUUCAUGUUUGACUGCUUAGAAUAGAGAUUCACUGAAUAUAGAUGCAUAAUUUUAAGUUCUAGGAUGAGUUGGGCCAGUCUGGGAUAACCUUGAUUUAUGAAAAACUUAUCUUGCUGACGCCAAACGAGAUAAGUUCUAAGCUGUUCCUUUAUCCGUGAACUUUCCUUUUGUUGUUUACUUUAGUAGGCUCAUUGGAUUUUAGCCCCAUUUCUAUUCAAAUUACUAACACUCGAAUACUUUCGCUGUGCAAUUUUAGGGUAUUCUUUAAUUACAAAUUUCCAUUCUGUGUACUGCUAUAAUGAUAGGAUUUACUCGUUUUUCCGUAACUGCUGAGAAAAUAUAUGGAAGGAUAUUGAGGUUACCAUUUACAAAAUAGUAUGGUUGUGUACUAGAUGGGGGCCACACGCCUAUAAAUCAAUGUGAUUCUCCUCACCAUUUCUCAAUCCCAUUGAAGGAAAACCACUCUCCAUUGUGUAUAAAUUUCUGAAGUGUCGAUCUAGUGCCUCCAAGGCUGUCAGUGAAGUUCAAACCUUGUGUGUUGUUGAGACUCUGCUUAUUAUGUUGUCCCGUGGUGAUAGCCAUUCCUCUCUUUGUCAUCUCUGUGUUGAGGCAGCUAUGAAAAAGCUAGCUGACCCUGGGAACACAGACUUUGACAAGCACUUGGCUGAACACAAGGCCACUCUGGAUAAGCUUAACAAACAGUAUUUUGAUAACCUCAAAGAAUUGGAUGCCCUAAAGCGGCGAGGGAAGGAACUUGAGGAGCUGGAGAAGGUGGCCCGUAGCAAGUCUUUGUUUGGUGCGCCAAUUAAUGAACUCAGCUUGCACGAGUUGGAAAUGCUACGGAAGUCCUUGAAAGAAAUUAAGGAAAACAUAUUGAAGCAAAUUGAGAAGAUUUCUGCGGACACUGAAAAUCCAACCUCAUCCUCCUCUGCGAAUAUCGCUGGAGUCAUCAAUCCUUCUGUGAGUAGCACUGCCAGGGGUUCUUCCUCUGCUGAUGUCAAUGACCAUGAUGAUGGCCAUGGACAUUAACUGUCUUAAAUCUGAGACUAGGAAAUAAAAUGGAUUUGCUAUCAUCCUGUUUCUCUUUUGAGUUUCAUAUGUAUGUUAGUAGUCGCUCUCUUUUCAGUGGACAGCAGUGUGUGAAUGUCAGAGACAUCAAAUGUCUGCAGAUGUGCACUUUGAAUAAAUAUUAGAUGAACUGGUCGCUUGUAGUCUUAUUUCUUUUUGAUAUGAUGCUGGAUUACUUGUCAUAAAUGAACUCAUCCUAUAGUGUUUGCUUUGAUUGAAGAAUAAAUGUUCAGGUUGUUUUGGGAGAAUGUUUGUGGAUGAGGGGAGCUAAUAAUCAUUGAUUGAGGCACAGGCUGUUGUCCUCUUGGUAGUGAGCAGAUGUGAGAAAUUUAAUGCUUGUCAUAUCUGAUAUGAGUGCAAAUUAGGCACCACUGAUUGUGCUUUAUAGCUCUAUCAAUUCAACUGACUCUGUUGCUAUGAUCACACAAAUUGGUAAUAGAGAGGUCAAUUUGGUUUAUGAAAUGGAGAAUGGUGAACACUUUGCACUGGAGUAAUUCAAAUACAAACUGAUAGUGUGGUGAUUUAAUUGGAUUUUAUUUGGGUAUACAUGCACGAUCCCAGUUUCUAAUUCAGAGCUUUUUAGCACUAGUCAUAUGAGAGAGGGAGAGUCAACUAUUUAGCAGUUCUUAGUUUUUAUCUUAUUGGUGAAUGUCUGCAGUUAUGCUAGCAUCUUUUAUUGCAGAUGCAUAGGCUGUGUUAAUAUAUAUUCCAUUCCUGAAUCUGCUUGCAUUCUCAGAAGGUUCUCUGUUGCAAAUGAUUCUUACUUAGAAUACCAAUUUACAAGAUGAAAUAUAAGUUGAUGUUGAUUUAUUUGCCAACAUUUCAUGCAUGCAUUGUGACUGUUUGUAUACUUUCAUACUUUUCUUUUCUGCUCAUAAUUCUAUUAUAUUAAAGAUUUUUCUGUGUUUGCUUUUUCUUCCAUUGAGAAAAAACCACAUCGAAUAACCUUCAGGUUUAGAAAUCUUAACCAACUUUAUUUAAGCCACUCUACAGACUUAAUUUUGUCUGAAUAAAUUACUCUUCUUAUGAUAAAUCACUGUAUGAACUAAAUUUCUCUUUCAUGAUGAUAUCUCUAGUUUCUAGUGCAUACAUGUGCAUCUGAUUGAAGCUCCUUAGAGAAGUUGCUUUCUCUGGUCCACCACCCCUUGAGGAGACUUGUUGGCAUUUUUGGUUAUCUGUAGCUAGUGGUGAAGUUCUAUUUUCAAUUAUAAACCAGAAUGCCACUCUUCCGUCAAUGGUUACCAUUGCUGGUUAUCUGCAGUUUUAUGCAUUAUUUCCCCACACUAACUGCUUGCUUUUCCCAUUUAAAAAGCUCUAGUCUGUUCUGCUAUAAUUAAUUUCUUUCCUCAAUUUGGUUGUGGUGAUGAUUGAUUUUUUCUGUAUUUCAUGCACUUAAGGCUUGCUAUGUUUCAUUUUAUACGAUAUCUCAAUUCUAUAAAUCUAUGCUAGUGAUGACAAAUCUCAUACUUAUUUGAAAGGAUAGAAAUUUAUUUCAGAAAUUAAGUGUAUAAAGAAGGCAAGUAUAAUUGAGUUUCAUUUCUAAUUGAGAGCAUAGAGGUGAUAGAGUAGACCGAAGGCAUAAUCAAAUUAAUUGAAUCAAGCUCUUAUGUACAUACAUAAUAAAGUACGGGUACUUUUUAACUUCUUCAAUUAUGUUUUUUUCCCUGCAUGGUAUCCCUUGUAACGAAAGUGGAUGGCAAAUGUUGUUGCUUUGGCUUUCUAUUUUUCUGUGCCCGGCCUAUAUGCAGGAUAUAACUGUAAAUACAUUUAGAAGACAGAACACAAAGAUUGAGGAACAGCAUAGAAUACUAGUUACACUGCAUGAUCAUGGAUCCAAAAAAGGUAAACAUGGAAGAAGAUAAUUCAUCAAGGUAAGUAGUCGAUAUUUUGUUUUCACUGAAGAAAUUAAUGGUGAAAGUUUAUUUGGUGUUUUCAGUUUAUUUUAGAUUUCCUUAUGGAGCUUGUCAGUUUUAACUAUGGUGCUUUGUUGCACUACACCUAAGCUCAUUGUUCUUUCGCAUGCCUUCUGUUACCUAACUCAGCUUUUAUUCAGUUCUAUGCAUGUUCGUUGAUGUUUUUCUUUCUGAAUUGAGGGGCAGGGCAAGUGUUGAGAAAUGUAGCCUGUAGAUUGCAAGCAAUGACUAUUACAAACCAGCACCAUUUUUGUAGCUACGGCAAAAAAGGGAGCUUAUUAUUAUUUUUUCUUUCAUAAUCAUGUAGCCAUCUUUCUUAUCACCUUUACUUUACCUCUUAUGUAGGAAACAUAGAAAACUGCUUAAUGUAUUUAGCUUCGAAAUCUAGUUUCAUAGUAUUUCUCAUAUAUUGUGCCUGUGUUGGUCUGACUGAGCAAUGAAUACUGCUUGUGAUUUUCCAUGAGAAUUGAGAAAGGUGUGCUAUUUCAAGAUACUGUGAAAGCGUGUCGGUGCUAAUUAAGCUGUUUUAUAAUCAUCUCAAGUUCUUUGUCACUUGCAUAUAUGAUGACAUGAGUCCAAUGGGGUAACAUCAAGUGGCUUUUUGGAUUCAAAAUGGAUGUAGCAACAUAUAGUGGAGAAACCUGACAAUGGCAUGAAUUCUACCAAAAUGUCUCUCUUUCGCUGUUUUCUAUUACCUUGUAUCCAUGUUGUCAUGGCUCCAAACUAGCAGAUCUCUAAUCUUUUCAAUGUUUAACGUAGAAGAUGACAGGAUGUGUAUGGCAACAGGAAAAUCUCACAUCGGAAAGCCAUAAGCUGGAAGGCAAGGCAAGCAUGUAGAAGAUGAAUGGAUGUGGGACGUACACGCACAGGGUCAAUGGGUGAUCAGAAGGCUCGUGGCCUAGGUUAGUGACCUCCAGUGCACUCAGGAGGGGUGCUGGUCUAAGCUCUCCCCAAGUGGGGGAGCCUCCGUCAAGAUUUGGCUGAACAAGUCACUGCCCCUGCCCAGUUCUAGUUUAGAAAAUUUGAGUUAAUAAGAAGAGCCAAUAGGCAAACUUGAUAAUCCAGAUGCAUAGCAUCGAUGUAUCAGAUUGAUAAUGUUAAAGAACUUUUUGAAAACAACCCAAGGCAUACGAAAUCAUUAUUUGACUGAGUAA